AUGGGAAGAACCUACAUUGUAGAAGAGACUAUUGGCCAGUAUCUCUCACACCUCAAUCUCCAAGGAAAGUCUUUGGUCUCAGGUCUUUUAAUAGGACAGUGUUCUUCACAGAAGGAUUAUGUGAUUCUUGCCACUAGAACACCACCAAAAGAGGAAAAAAAUGAGAAUCUCAAGCAUCCCAAAGAUCAUUUGGAAAACUUGGAUGAAGAAUGGGUCACAGAACAUGCUAACCAGGUAUCCAGAAUGCUACCUGGGGGACUUUUAGUUCUUGGAAUAUUUAUUAUUACAACAUUAGAAAUGGGAAAUGAUUUUCAAAAUACCCUGCGCAGACUAGUAUUUGCUGUGGAAAAAUCUAUGAAUAAAAAGAGACUGUGGAGUUUCACAGAAGAGGAAGUCUCAGAUCGAGUGACACUUCACAUUUGCUCUUCUACAAAAAAAAUACUUUGUCGAACUUAUGAUAUCCAUGAUCCAAAGAGUUCAGCAAAACCAGCAGAUUGGAAGUAUCAAAAUGGACUAUCAACUUCAUGGCUUUCUUUAGAGUGUACAGUUCAUAUUAAUAUUCACAUCCCACUGUCUACUACUUCUGUCAGCUAUACUCUGGAGAAAAAUACAAAGAAUGGACUUGCACGCUGGGCGAAGCAAAUAGAAAAUGGUGUUUAUUUGAUUAAUGGACAAGUUAAAGCUGAAGAGUGUGAUCUAUUAGAAGGACAGAAAAAACCUCGAGGAAAUGCUCAAGCAAGUAGUUGUUCUUUUGAUGUCAGAGUGUUAACGCAGUUGCUUCUGAAUUCAGACCACAGAUCCACAGCCACCGUCCAGAUCUGCAGUGGCUCUGUAAACCUUAAAGGCGCUGUGAAAUGCAGAGCUUACAUUCAUAGCAAUAAACCCAAGGUUAAGGAUGCUGUGCAGGCAGUGAAGAGAGAUAUAUUGAAUACAGUUGCUGAUCGUUGUGAAAUACUAUUUGAGGAUCUGCUUUUGAAUGAAAUUCCAGAAAAAAAAGUUAUGAAUUCUGAAAAAGAGUUUCACAUCCUUCCUCACCGAGUUUUUGUCCCCAUUCCUGGUUCCACGGUAAUGUUAUGUGAUUAUAAAUUUGGUGAUGAGUCAGCUGAAGAAAUCAGAGACCAUUUUAUAGAGAUGUUAGAUCAUAGGAUUCAAAUUGAAGAUUUGGAAAUUACAGAGGAAAUCAACACAGCUUUUCUGAGUUCCUCUAUAAAUUCUGAAGCGCCAUUGGACAAUAGAGAUGAUGAACAACCAAAAGAACCAAUGCAAACUACAAUAGUAUCGAAAAUUCAGCGAAACAUGGGUAUGAUUGCAGCAUUUGCAGUUGCACUCCUUGCUGUGGGUAUCUCCUUUCACUACUUCAGUGAUUAG